UGUUUACACCGCACACAUGAACACACUGUGGCUGGCUCGGGCUAGCUGUGCCACGGGGAUCAACCCUAGUGAUACCCGAGCGCAAACACAUACAUACUUGAUGAGUAUGUUUUUACAUCAGUUCUCUUUUCGAUGGCCCCUGUCCGUGCCCUGCCUGCGUGCUAUCGGCAACCUGACAUGGAGGGAGACUGACAUGGUUGCACGUCAGGGGCACCCCUGUUGUUUCACGUGGGGCAUCACUCGAUCCAGGAUUAUCGACAUAAUGAAGCGCGCACAGAUGCAGCAGGGCAUCCAGCAGCUGUGCCACCAAGCCGGUGACCUGGCCAUGAAAGCGCGCAAGAUGAUCCCCGACGCGAAGGACACUGCCAUCGUCAAUGCGGUGAAAGCGAGCCUGCGGGGCACUGGCUGGGAUGAGAAGAGCGCGGCGGUGAUAAAGUGCUGGCUACAGGACCACAUCGUGCCAGAGGACGCCUCAGGCAAAUCUCGCACAUGGACAGCGGAGGCCAUCAAGCUGUUCAAGGAUGCGGUCGCCGUCCAGAAGGACAGGGGCACACGCACGACCGGCGGCACCGUGCUCAACGAGAUGCGGCGGCGCAACCCCGAGCUCUCCGCAGGCCUCACCACUCACAAGGUCGCAAUCAAACUGGGGAGGAUGUUAACGGGCGAGGCGGCGGCGACCAACAAGGCCAAGCCCCUGGCCCCUGUCACUAAGAAAAUAAGAGGCAAGAAGAAGGAGCCUGGACCGGAGUAGAUGCGGAGCUUUGGAGCUGUGGAGCUGCGUGUGUUAGUGAUGGAGGUUGGCUGCUCUAGAGCUUGGAGCUUCGUGGGUGGGCGUGGAGCUUUGGAGCUGUGGAGCUGCGUGUGUUAGUGAUGGAGGUUGGCUGCUCUAGAGCUUGGAGCUUCGUGGGUGGGCGUGGAGCUUUGGAGCUGUGGAGCUGCGUGUGUUAGUGAUGGAGGUUGGCUGCUCUAGAGCUUGGAGCUGUGGAGCCGCGUGUCAACGUGAAGAAGGUGCGUGUGCGAGUACGUGUGCGCGCCGCCUGCUACUGGCGAGUAGAUAUAGGCGUCGAGGCGGAUAAGGGGGCAAGACUGCAAGUCGUGGUCCGGCGGGGCGAACGCCAGAGAAUGUGGGUUAUGAUGCUAGGUCGGCUUCGCUAAAGUCGGUACGGUACCCUGUGGCUCAUGGGCACUCGGCAACCUGCUCUUCCCGUGUGCUUCCUCCGGUUCUGGUGCGCAGCUCCAGCGUUGCCAGGCGGGCUUCGGCAUGAUGGAUGUGGUGUUUGACAACAUGGCCGCAUCGACCAGGACCUCAUGUGGUUGCCGCUUGGGCGGGCGGGGUAAAGCGGGUUGGGGGUGGGCGCCAUGUGAAAAGUGGGCUUGAGAUGCUGGGUGUGGCUACGGGCAUAGGCAGCAGGGGGCAAAGCAGGGACCGCGCGGUGCUGCUAUGGCCCCAGGGCCGGUGCAGGGCCACUGCACAGGGUCGCCAGGACUCCCGUCGCAGAGCACUUGCCACGGGCAGAAUGACCACACAAACCACACCCAUCAAAUGCAGUGAACGGGCGGCUGCCCUCAUGUCCGCUUGUCCCAGUAGGAACCUGGAGGCCACGCUGGCGGCACGACGCCAGCAGCUGCACGCGCACCGCUCCCAACUGUUGCAUGCGUGGAUCGACGCGCGCGCCCAGGGCGCGAAGCGCGAGGCGGCGCCGGCAGCUGUCGGUGCGCCCGUGCACGGGGCGCGGGGUUAUGCGCUGUAACCGGGAGCUGAGCCAUAUGCAGGGGAGCAGGGCAGGGUGUCAGGCGGAUAGAUGUCAUGAAGGCGAAAGGAGCAGUACGAGGGCAAGGGUGCGCAGCCCUUUGUGCGGUGGCGAGCAACACUGAGGUUGUGGGUGAGGCAAUGUCUCGACUUAGUUGCAAGUGCUAGCUGUGAUAGCACAUGAAAGGACCAAAUCAGUCGCGGAGAUGGAAGGCUGCGAACUGGGCGGCGUGCUCGGGUAGUUCGGGGGGAAAACCCACGUUGCGGCCUUGAUGUGUAUGUAGGUGACUGCAACUCUAGUACACGCGACUCGGCAACCCUGCUCAAGCAGUGCUUGAUUGACUCAGGCGAUAAGGCAUGUAUACCGGUACACUGCUGCUACUCCGUGUGUGCGACAAGCCAGGUGGCUCUCCCUCUCAAGCGGGAAAGUGGGCUCCACCCACACCAUGUUUGUGCAAUGUCUGAGGCCGAAGGCCCGAAGCUUUCGAAACUACC